AUGGCAGACUUCACUCUGGGACAAGUUUUCGCGACUGAGUCAGCCUGGUGGAUGCCUAAUGACCAAGUCAAGACAGUGGUCUAUACGGUGAUUUUGGUCUUUGCUGCCCAGGGUUUCCUGUCAAUGUGGAGGACUCCUGCACGCUCGAGGCCUACUGCACAGCAGGAACAUCCCUCCGCUCCGCCGGAUGUGGACCAACCAGUGGACAGCGUGCCCAAGUCAGGGGUUGACAAGACUACGAUCCUCGAGUCGCCCAAGAGUGAUGCCGCGCCGGCUGUGCAGAGUGUUCCCCAGGCAACACCGCCCUCCACUCCUGCUGAUGGUGCUGCAGGUGAUGGUGGCCCAGCUCCGAGUGCGACUUCUACGGACUCUGCAGAUCCCAAGCAGGCUCCAAGCACUACAGCUCCGGAUACUUCGGUGCCAAAAGGUGGCCAGAUCUCCACCACGGCCACACCCAAGUCUUUGGGGCCUACCACGCCGGCGACUGCGACACCCAGCAAGGCGGCUUCGGCCCCACCGAUCACGGCACAGCAGCUCAUGACAGCUAUGAGCACAAUGCACGGCGAUGUCAAGAUGUCCCAUGUCGACUUGAAAGGGCUCAUUGCCACGGUCAGUGAGCUCAAAGCGUCUAUUGGGGCUCUGCACGACCUCCCUGCCCGCGUGGCGUCGAUCGAGAAGAUCCUAGGUACUCUGGCAGGAAAGCUCGGACCUAUGGCGGCCAACACGGACAGCACACAGAAAGCUGUCGAUGUCGGUUUCAAGGAGAACUUAAAGCUUCUCAGCACGAUCUCCUCGAAUGUCCGCGGACAUCGCGAGGAUGCCCAGCAGGAAGCCAAGGAGUUCCAUGCCGAGCAGGGACAAUGGCUCACCAGCACGGAAGCCAAGCUGGUGGAUGGCAUCAAGGAGGUGCUCAAGAAGAUCACCAAUACUGACUUCAACUCCUCUCAGGUUUACAACCAGAAACUCGAGGGGAUCGCCUCGGAAAUACUGGCGGCCUUGAACUUCACCCAGGGUGAGGUAGCGGACUUGAAGCAGUCGCUUGCUUCCACCAGUGAGGAGGUGCACAGCAUCAAGGAGAUGUGCGAAAGGCCUGUGGUGGCACACAGCCCGCCCACCUACAGGGCCCCGACGUUCCACCCGCACCAGGACAUCCCGCCGGCGCCUCACUAUGAUGCUCGCCAGCGUGUGAACCUACAGCAAGCACUGCCUCUGGGCAGCACUGAAGGGAUUACCGUAAAUCCCGAUGGCCGCAGCCUCAACAUUCCGCUGCGCUAG